AUGAACAGAUCCAUGAUCCUCCGCGUGCUUCGCUUUCUCCUUCUCGUGCUCCUCCUCAACCCUAAACCUACGGCUCAGAAAAAGUGGCCAAGGGGGCCCCGCCCGGCCCCUCCGGUCAGCAUUCCUCCGCUAUGCGACGCGCAGUACGGGCUGGUCAACAGCGCUUGCGGGUCGCUUCCCGCAGGCGGCCCGUGGGCCCCUCCGGGCCCUCUGGCCCAAAACUCGACGGGGGAAGAGGAGAAGUGCUGCCGGUGGCUGAAAGAGGUAGACGACACGUGCGUUUGUGGGCUUCUUGUGCCGCUGCCCGCUUUCAUGUCGAGGCCCGCCCACAACUACACGGUCGUGGUCGAAGGAGUCUGUGAGGUCACUUUUCGAUGCGGGUCGAGGCUCGUCGGGCCAUGA